AUGAGGGUCAUCACCAUCUGCCUGGCUUAUAGUACAGGCAUCACCACAUAUCUCUCAGGGAUCGUGACCAUCGCAACACCUGCGAUUGCUUCAGAUCUGCGUUUGUCUCCUGGACUGACACUCUGGCCCGUGACCAUCUACUCCUUGACAUGCGGAUGUACACUCCUCUUAUGCGGCUCGAUAUCCGAUGUUGUGGGCAGCCGCCAAACAUACCUCUUCGGCUGUAUUAUGUUAUGUGUCUCUACAGUCGCAUGUGGGCUAUCGAAGACUGGCGUCCAGAUGCUCGUCUUCCGGGGCAUAUCGGGAGUAGCAGCUUCGUUUAUUUUGCCAUCAGCGGUCAGUCUGAUACGUGAUGUUUACCCGCCGGGCAAGGCACGUAACAUUGCGUUUGCUACGAUGGGCGGAGCUCAGCCUGUCGGAUUUGGCAUUGGUCUCGUCUUGGGCGGAUUCAUCACGGGCGCCAUCGGCUGGAGUUGGGGAUUUCACAUCGCGGCAAUUUCCAACUUUGCAAUGCUCAUCGCGGCGGCUUGGGCGCUCCCUCCAGGUUUGCCCGGCCAUUCGAGUACGUGGCGGAGGUUGGCGUUUGAGAUGGAUUGGCUGGGUGUUUUCCUCGCCAGCACUUCUCUAGCAUUAUUAUCUUAUGUCAUUGCGAUCGUCACAGGGGAUUCAUCGAUCAUCCGUCAGGCCCAAAACAUCGCAUUUUUGGUGCUCUCCUUCGUUUUUAUGGCGGCAUUUGUGUUCUGGAUGUCGCAUCAAGAAGCUCGAGGCCGCCCAGCGAUCGUCCCCAAUUCACUCUGGAGAAAUAAAAUGUUCUCUUGCAUUUGCAUCAACGUGUUCUUGAUCUGGUCUGCGUUCAACGCGUUCGAGCAGUAUCAGAACUUCUUCUUUCAAGAUCUGCAAGGACUUAGCACUCUGGAUGCAGCCCUACGAUUCAUCCCUGCGCCGGUCUCGGGCGCUCUCACCAACGUUGUGGUGGGACUCGUGGUGCAUCGAGCACGAGGUGAUUGGAUUAUUGUCUUGACGACGAUUCCUUGCGCGGUAGCAUCGCUUUUGAUGGCCAUCGCACAGCCGCAGUGGUCAUACUGGGCCUGUGCAUUCCUGGCCAAUUUCCUCAAUCCCAUUGGAGCAGACGGCAUCUUCACAGUAUCCAACUUACUGAUCACGUCCAUGUUUCCGACCAAAACGCAAGGCGUCGCCGGUGGCGUUUUCAACACGGUCUCGCAGACGGGAAAGAGUGUGGGCUUAGCGUUGGCAGCGCUGGUUGCAGAACAGACUAAGCGCAACAUGCAGAGCGCUGGCAGCGAUGAUAGAAGUGCACUCCUAGAUGGAUAUCACGCUGCCUUUUGGUUUUGUAUGGCUACUGUUUUAGCCAGCUUGAUGGUCACCAUAUGGGGCUUGCGUGAUAUCGGAAAGGUAGGACAGAAGGAGGAUUGA